AUGUUCAUUCCCGUCGUCUUUUGUAUGGCCAUCCUUUCGUUGACUGUCUUGGGUUACACCACAGAUGCCUCACAACACUGCCAUCAUACCAUGAUGAAUUUUCGGCUGGCAGCCAAUUGCCAAGGUCAAAGUCACAAUACAGUUCCCGAAGUUAACCCUUCCAUUCAGGUCCUCCUGCUGAAUUUUAACCUGUUCUCCGCCAUCUUGAAUUCUACCUUGCCCGAAAUGGAUUCUCUGCAGAUGUUGUCUUUUGGGAAGCAGUUGGGAGGAUCCCUUUUUGUUGGAGAGAGGGCCUUUCAGAAUGUGGCUGGUAUCACAUUCCUGGAUCUUGGAGGCAACAUGAACAUAACACUACACCCCGCUGCUUUUGCAGGCCUGACCAAACUUGAGGUGUUACUGUUGGAUGUGAAUGGCUUUGAUGAAAAGGUAUUGGAAAGAAGAUACUUCCAGGAUUUGGUUUCCUUGAAGAGACUGGAUCUUUCUGGAAAUCAUAUCCAGAGGCUAAGGCCUGAUCCAACCUUUCAACAGCUUGGAAAGCUGAGCUUCCUGCAGCUGAAGCUCAACAGAAUUGAGAGGAUUUGUGGGGAUGACCUGCAACACCUGAAAGGACACCAUCUUGCCUUGCUUGACCUGGCUUCUAACCGUUUACGCUACCACCACACCUGUACCAACCCUUUCCACAACAUCACUCUGGAAACCCUGGACAUCUCUUCCAAUCCAUGGAAUGUGAUGCAAGUUGAGCAGUUUUUCACAAGCUUAAAUGGCACAUGGAUCCAGAAGCUCAGAAUGCAACACUCAGGGGCCAUUGGGAGCUCAUUUGGUUUCCGUAACCUGAAGGACAUUUCAGUCAGGACCUUCUCUGGGCUUCAUGAUAGUGGCACCUUCUCUCUUUACAUGUCCCAUGGUUUCUUAAAUGGAACUCCUCCCUUCUGUCUUCUCGGCCAGCCCUCAGAUUCCACAUCCUGCACGGAGGUCAAUCAGAUUACCAAGAUCCAUGAUGGGGCCUUCAUCAAGCUGAAUCAACUGCAUGUUCUUGAUCUAUCCAACAACCUUCUUGGGGAGCUGUACACAAAAGCAUUGAGAAGUCUGAGGUCAUCACCUCUCCACCAUCUCAUCCUGAAGUCCAACCACAUUGGAAUUGUUCAACAGGAUGCCCUUGUGGGCCUGGACUUCUUGCAAAUCCUUGACUUACAGGACAAUGCUCUCUCACAAGUACCAAAGGGUAAACUCCCAUCUCUACAGCGUCUGAUGCUAGGGCAGAACAGGAUCAAGGACGCUUGGGGCAUCGAGGAUCUUAGCCAGAACCUGACACACCUUGACUUGUCCUCCAAUCACCUGAGUGACCUGGGGCAGCUCUGGGAGCAGCUAGGGAAGAUUCCCUCUUUGCUUUUUUUGAAUCUCUCAAACAACCACUUGGCAAGAUGCUUCAGGAUCCGGGAAGGCCCCAUUCACCUCAGAGAACUGGAUCUUUCUCAUAACAACCUGGCAGGUGUUUGGAAAGCAGGACAGUGUAUGGGCAUCUUCCAUCAUUUAGAGAGGUUAAUGGUCUUGAAUCUCAGUUCCAGCAACCUCAAGGCCUUGCCUAAGGGUCUUUUCCAGGGGCUAGAGUCUCUGCAGACUUUGGACCUCUCCGAGAAUCUCCUGCCAUUACUUCCAGAGGAAGUAUUCCUUGGCCUGCAGUCUUUGCGCACCCUCAGCCUCCGUGGGAACCCUAUGAUGACCCUUACGCCAUCCAUAUUCCAGCCAUUGGUACUGUUGCAGACCUUGGACCUGCAAGAUUUGACUUUGCUGUGUCACUGUGGGCUUGCUGACUUGAAGACCUGGUUGCUGACCAAUAGCAUGGCAGUGAAAAGAUCUGCGACAGCAGGAAUCCCAUGCACUAUUACAACUCCAUAUUUCGUACAGGUCUCCUUGUCUGGAUUCCUCCAUCAAAACUGUGAGGUGUGGUAA